UGCAACGACUGUGGCGACUGCACCACCAACAACCACAGGACACAGGUCCUGUCGUUACAACUGUGGUUAUGACCUGGGAGUCUGCUCCUGCCGCAGCUCGUGUAGAUACAAUGGCAACUGUUGCUAUGACUACAACUACUACUGCCCCGUAACGGAAACAACAACAAGACCCACAACGCAAACCCCAGAAUACGUCACCUGUCGUAACAACUGUGGCAGAGAGUGGGCAGUCUGUUCCUGCGCAAGCUCCUGUGAACGCUACGGCAACUGUUGCUAUGACUACCGCUCCCACUGCUCAAUCUCAACCACAACCCCAGUUAACAUGUCCUGUCGUUCCAACUGUGGUUGGAACAUGGGAGUCUGCUCAUGCGCCAACUCUUGUGUACAACAUGGCACCUGUUGCCCAGACUACUACCCCGUCUGCGCAACACCAUCCACAACACCAGCACCGGCCUGUGGAGGUUCCCAGUACAGUUCUGGAUACUUCACCAGCCCAAACCAUCCCAACUACUACCAGGAUGGCGCCAACUGCGUCUGGUACCUCAAAACUUCACAUGACCAAAGAAUCUUCCUGUCAUUCUUAUUCCUGGAAUUGGAGAACUGCUGCUCCUGUGACUACAUUAACAUCUACGAUGGGCCGUCUCUUAAUUCACGAUACUUGGGCAAAGUGUGCGAGGGCAGCACAAGCUCCUUCUCCUCCAGCUCCAACACCAUGACGGUGCUUUUCAGGAGCGAUCAGUCGGUGGUUGGCCGUGGGUUCAAAGCUGAGUUCAAGAGUAUUCUGCCACCACACUCAGGUCGAGUUCACUGUUCCUCAUACGACAUGGAAAUUGUGAUUGAGAGAAGCUACCUGAGCUCUGUCGGCUACGAUGGCAAAACUCUGUACCUGGACGACCCACAAUGCAAACCCACGGUUACCUGGAGCCAGGUGGUCUUCAGAUACCCUCUCGAAUCUUGUGGCAACGUUAGAAAGUUUCAGAAUGGCAGCGUUAUCUACAGCAACGCUGUCCGUGCCUACGACAACGGCGUACCCACCGGAGAGAUCACGCGCCUGUCUCACUUUAAGCUGAUUGUGGACUGUCAGAUGGCGAAGGACUCAGUGUCCCAUAAUAUGUACAUUGGACACAGUAUAAAUGACAGCACCAUUAUCGGAUCAGGCAGAUUUAACUCCACCAUGCAUUUCUACACAAGUGAUGGCUUCCACACCAUUGUCACCGAAUCUCCGUAUCAAGUGUCGCUUAACCAGUACCUGUUUAUCGAAGUCCGACUGGAUCGCUUUGACCGUGCGCUGAUUCUCGCCUUUGACAGCUGUGUGGCCUCGCCAAAUAAAGACGACUUCCACACCAGACCUUACUACCUGAUCCGCAACGGAUGUGAAGCGGACAGCACCGUCUACAUUCACUACAAACACAAUCCGCAAUACUACGCACGUUUCCGCGUCAAUGCCUUCCAGUUCCUUCGCGCCUCAGAUCGCGUGUAUCUCCAGUGCAAGGUCCUGAUAUGCGAUAGAAGUGAUCAGAAUUCACGCUGCCGCCAUAUGUGCAUGAAGCGUAGGACCAGGAGACAUCUUGGGUCAGAACAGGCCAGCCAAACUCUGAUCUUGGGUCCUAUUCAACUCAAAGAACCUGAGAAGAUUGAAGAUCCUGCGCAGAACAAGGUUUAACUUGUUCUUUCGACUCAUCAUACUAACCUUACUAAUCACAAUACUUGAUUAACCUGAUUAAAAGCAUCAUCAAAAGGCAA